UUAUCUUUACUCUGCGGUUAAGUGUGGUUCUGAAUGAAGGAGGGACGAGAUUCACAAAAUUAAGGUUGAGACUUGGGUGUCGUUGUGGGAGUUGGAGAGUGGUCGAAUAGGCUGUUAACACGUAUUGACAAGGCGAUUGGGUCCACCGUUUGGUCCGGUAAACCGCGGUCUAGACCAGACCAGACCAAGAGAUCAAAACAUAAAAUAAUACAGACCAUGGACCAAACCAGACCAUACUUAACGGUCUACGGUCCGGACCAAACUAUGCGGUACGGUUUGGACCACGGUUUUUCUAAUGGUCUGGUCUAUUUUCCCAACCCUAGUUGUCUUGCUUUCUGCAGAGUCUCAGAGUUUUCUUAUAUAUGCAGACAAGUACUCUAAAGCCUAUCGGUUUCUAGACUUAGAAUAAAAUGUGGUUGUGGAAUCAAGGGAUGUUCAGUUCUGUGAGAACAAAUUCGGACGCGAUUCUGCAAAUGUAGAACCAUGUCGAGUUACAUAUUCAAAUUUCCGUGUGAUUUUAUGUACUUUUGACAUUGGUUCUAUAGUAGUAAAAGGUUGUUAGAUGAUCUUGUUGCUAUUGGGCCAAGAAGAAGUCAAAGGGCUAGAAAAGAACCGAGUUUUUUUGUGCAUCUUUUUAUUGAUCCUCAAGUUAUAUUCUUUCUUGUAGAGGGUGAUAGAUUAAAUAAAGAUUACAAGAAAGAUAUCAAUUUUGUUUCAUGUGCAAGAUGGUCCAAAAAUCUUAUAAGAAGCACCGGCCUCUAGAGAUUCUAUCUUUCUGUGCUUGGUGCUUGGGUACACACUUUGUUAAGCUCUAGUUCAAAGCUGAGUCCAUAUAUUGGCCAAAAAAGAAGCAUGUAUUGUUCUCUAGUGAUGUCACCGGACAUUAGCACAUCAAACAAAUGCGGCAGCACAUGGUCGGAGGGGAAACGACAUCAAACUACGUGACAUCUCUCGCUGUUAUAUUAUUAGGUGUACUUCCGUUCGCCGAUAUAACCUAGCUAGGAAGGAGCACGUAAAUGUUAUCGAUCGAUCACCGACUUCCCCCAGGACACUUUGCGUACAGUAACCACUAUAAAUAAGAGCUUCUACUCGUUCGUUCUCACUAAUAAUGCAGCAAAAGUUGUAUCAUAUACAUAUGCAAACCAAACAACGUACGUACGUAUCUCGAUCACCAAAAAAUCAGAUCGAUGAUGAAACGAGCCGUCGCUAUUGCAUCCCUUGCGGCAGUACUAGUUGUAAUUAUUACGUCGUCGUCGCUCCAUCCCGUCGAAUCGGCUUAUCGUAGAUGCCAAUGCGAACCUUUCACGGCUGGGUGUGAGCAGUGUGGCGCAGGACAAUGUUGCAGUAACUGGGGCUACUGCGGGUACGCGGCCGGUUACUGCACGGCUUGUGUAUGUGCUGGUGACGAUGGUAGAGCUAUUGUUUGCGAUCCUUGUCAUUGCCUGCUCACUUGUUCUGCGCCUGAUGAAAACCAACAGCUUCUGCUGCGGCCAUCAGCUGCUGGUAAUUCCGGUGCGAAACAGAACGGCACCUAUGCUAGUCAUGAUGUGCUUGAUACAAUGUUCAUAGUCGACGCCACCUACGACCCAAACCUGGAUAAAAUGGUUUCACCGUCCGACGUCGUCGUUGCAAGCCGGCGGCACAGGGCUUAUGGUGAUCAAUUUGGCUCCGCUGCAGUAUGUGGACCGCCGCCAUCGAAUGUUUCAACGACCCAUAAUAAUAUUGUUGCCGGCCAAUGCCUACUGGUGACUAAUUCCGCAAAUGGGAAACAAGCAAUGGUGAGGAUUAGAAACGGGACAUAUUAUUGCAGCGACAGCAGUUUGGGUUUGGAUGACCAUGUUUUUCGACAGCUCGACGCAAGCAGCAAUGGAAAUUCACGAUGUCGUCGUCGUCUUCGAAUCGGUUACAGUUAUGUAAAAUGUAUCGAUAAUUAGUAUGUGAUCAGAUGGCUUUUAUCAUCGAUCUAAAGAACAUGUGUAUCCUUUACCAUGCUCAUUUCUCUCUUGUGAACUUUUCCAGAACAAUAUAUGUAAAAGCAACCAUAAAUAAGAUGGUCACCAUAUGCGGACUACUUGAUUACUUUUUACAUAUUUUAUUUAAGUUAUACGUAUAAUUUGAAGAAUUUUGCAUAAGUAGUAGUAAAAUAGAUAUUGAUUCACGACGUGUGGAACGCUUAUGAUUCAACCGAUAUCAGAGGUCCGAUGAGAUGGAGAACUUUAAACGAUUAUCAUGAGUAGAACAAUCACGAACUAUCUGUGUAUCAAUAAAAAAAUUUAGUGCAUCAUUAAGAGUGAGAGCGACCCACGCCGCUCGUAGAGGGAAAUUAGUUCGGUCAAAUCGGAACCAUAUCGUUUAAAUCAGUUUAUAGUUGCAACUGAAAAUCGAGUUACCCUUGAUCCAAUCCAGAUUCCAUUUACGAUAGGAGAAAGAAAAGUCAACCCGAUAUGGUUCAGUUAAAAACCAUAUCGUUUAAAUCAUGUAUGUGCUUCUUGUCAAAUAUGACAAGAGCACUAUUUUUUAGGUAAUGUACCAUAAAGUGACGUAUUAACUUUGAUAUUACAUUUUAACAAAUACAAAAAUGGCUAAUCCAAAAUUGUUUCUUCAAUUGCAUAAAUAGAUAAACUCAUGUCGAGUCAAUAUUGUCUCGUUUGGUUUAGUUCAUGUUUACUUUUAUUUAAAAAAAAAAUAUUAUCGAACGGGUUCGUUUAAUUAAUUAGAAUUAUAUAUGUGUGACAACAUACAAAGAAUGGAAAAUUGUUUAAGUGAUCAAAUCCGUACAAAUUUCCAACCUAUUAUUACCGUUGACCUGGUCUUCAAAGAGAAGAAAGGAAGACUCUUCGUUCUUGUGCUAGUCGUUGAGUGUACGGGCCACGAUCCACGAGACGGACGAAGCGACGAAAAGUUGGGCUCGCUCGCUGCAAAGUAUGGGCUUCACAUAAAAAAACAGAUAAAUC